GACAGAGCAAGCUUUCUGAGAUAGAAUACCUCCACCAUGCAAGUCCCACAAGUUCCUCCUGCACAGUUUAACAAAGGUGGUUCCUCUUCGAGCUCCCCAUUCGGAUUUCGUAUCUGCGGCUGUGCUAACUGCUCUGAUUCUUCCUCUCCGGAAGCCAAGGUGGUUAGAAGCUUUGAGGGUUCGGGGAGUGCUGGCCGUGUAAUUGAUUCUGUAAGGGACAGAGAUUGCAGUAAAGUGGUGGCUGCCCAUUUCAGAUGAUAUUGGAUAGUUUGCAGUAGUAGUGGAUAUUUGCAUGGGAUUUGUAGCGAUGUAUGGUCUGAUAAUUACUCAACAUUAUCUUUAUCUCUCUCAUCUUGCCAACACAUGUGCUGAUUUGUCAUGGGGCCCAGGAUCCGAAUCUGACAUGGCUCAAAACUCCUCCAGCCAAUAAAAAUUUUACACGUGGCAUUAAUCUAAAAUUUUGCAAUUUAUGGUGUAAACAAAUAUAUUAUUAAAUAAAUAUAACAUUUUAUU